UUGAGAGAGAGAGAGAGAGAGAGGUGGAUGGAAGGCAGUUCAAUGAAGAUGAGUAGAGGAAAGAAAGAGAAGAAGCUCUCUCAUGUGAUUCACAAGGUUCCUUCUGGUGAUGGUCCUUAUGUUCGAGCCAAGCAUGUUCAGUUGGUUGAGAAAGAUCCAGAAGCAGCAAUAGUUUUGUUUUGGAAGGCUAUAAAUGCAGGAGAUAAAGUAGAGAGUGCUCUUAAGGACAUGGCCGUGGUAAUGAAGCAAUUGGAAAGGACUGAAGAGGCCAUUGAAGCUAUCAAGUCUUUUAGAAGCCUAUGCUCUAAACAAUCCCAAGAAUCACUUGAUAAUGUCCUCGUCGACUUAUAUAAGAAAUGUGGAAAAAUCGAUGAACAAAUAGCGUUGCUAAAACAGAAACUGAGGUUGAUUUAUCAGGGAGAGGCCUUCAAUGGAAAACCUACAAAGACCGCACGCUCUCAUGGCAAGAAGUUUCGGGUCUCCAUCAAACAGGAAUCUUCCAGGAUCUUGGCGAACUUGGGUUGGGCCUAUAUGCAAAAACCGAACUAUAUGGCAGCAGAGGUGGUGUAUCGAAAAGCCCAGAUGAUAGAUCCCGAUGCCAACAAGGCCUGCAACCUGGGCCUUUGUCUGAUCAAACAGGCCCGGUAUGAAGAAGCCCGUUCAGUAAUUCAAGACGUAUUGCAUGGUAAACUUCCAGGAGCUAAAGAAAUUAAGUCGAGAAAUCGUGCAGAGGAACUGUUGAUGGAGCUGGAAUCAUUUCAGCCUCCACCUCUAUUGUUGAACCUUCCGGGCCUCGGUUUGGAAGAUGAUUUUGUUGAUGGGCUCGACAAGUUGAUGAAUGAAUGGGCCCCCAAUAGAUCUAGAAGGCUUCCCAUCUUUGAAGAAAUCUCCCAAUUUAGAGAUCAGUUGGCCUGUUGAAUCCAUUUCUCACUUCUGCUUUUCCCCGCUAGGUUUAUAAAGUUGAAUAAUGGGUAGGGAUUGAAGAAAUACAUUAUCAAGAACAGAUGUACAAAAUAAAGCGUCUGUGGAAGUAAUUGUAAAUUCGUAUAGACAUAAGAUUUCGAGACUGUUGGAAAAAUGAAUUAAUUGUGAUCCUAGGUUUUUUUUUUUUGCUUUGCUUUCUAUUUUUUACAAGUUAAUCUAAACCUUAAACCUUAAAUUCUAA